GUUAGUAAUACAUUUGUAAUACAAUGGUAUCGUUUAAAGUUUUAUGUAGCCUGUUGGUUAUGUGUUUUAUUUUAUGCCGUGGCGAUAAUAUGCUUGGUCCUGGCAAAUGGGUGAUCGUGAGUAUCGACAGAUGUGAAGAAGACGAAAAAUACCAGACCAACAUCGACGUGGACAUGCACCGCGCCAACCGCACACACGUCGCCUUCUCCUUCAAAGUGUCCCUCGCUGAGGAUUUCGACUACACCGUAUCGAUACGCAUAGACAUCUGCAAGUACGUGGACGGGGGCUGCAAGACGUACCAGACGCUGGCAGACGAGAGCGCAAUCAACUUCUGUGAGAAGUACGCAAAACAGAACGUUGACGCAGCGUUACAAAUGCUCGACAUGAAUGGAUUCCCUUUGCCAGUGGGCGACUAUGCAGUAGAUGACUACAUAUUCAACGUGGCGGAGUUGCCGGAGAACGCGGUGUACGGAGACUUCGUGGGGAAGGGAUAUCUUAUAAAGCAAGGUGUGGAGUUCUCAUGCGUCAAGGUCGCAGCCAACUUUGUCAAGAAUGAUGAUGAAGAUGAGGAAGAUUGAAUUUGUUUAAUAUAUUGAUUGACACCUUUCACACUCGUAUUUUUCUACUAGUUUGCUGUAGGUAAAUAAUGUACAUAACAUAGAAGA